UACCGUGUCGAGUGCCUGACGGGGACUUUGCGCGUGCGCUCCGAGAGCGCGACUGGGCAAGGGUGCCAGGUUAUUGAACGCCGGCGGACAUCUUCCCAUCUUCAAUAACGCAGCGUUGCACGCCGCGCGCGCUGCCACGUUCAUAAUCAGGAAACCUCAAUCACACGUGUCAGUCAGUCACCGAAGCUCUUCGCCGGCCCCUCCUGGAGAUAGUCAGGAGUGGUCGUUACGUUGCUCGUGUGCCCGCGCCGCUGCGUGUCCCCUUCGUGUUGUGGGUCUGCGCCCGUAUCUCUCUGCUCCGGCUACCUGUGGCUUCGAGGUUCUGGCCUGUGAUCUUUCAAGACUGCUCCCUUAAAAGGUGGCAACGGACACCCGAGACCGCUGAAUCAUGGAGUUUGAAGAUGUCCUCGAGAAACUCGGAGGCUACGGAAAGUUCCAAAAAAUGCUGGUGUGGGGAUACCUGGCCCCCGCUUCCAUCCUCAUGCCGGGGUACUUCAUGAGCCAGAUAUUCAUGCUGUCCACGCCCAAGCACACCUGCCAGCUGCCGGACUUUGUGCGCGACUCCUACAAUCUGACGGCCUCCGAAGCGCUCUUCCUAAGGAGUGCCCUUGUCAGCGAAGACAACUGCAGGGUGUUUCCGGCCACAGCGCUGAACUCGAGUUUGGUGAAACAAAUAUUGAACGGUGCUUACGGCGCAAAUGGGUCGUCGUGGCUCGCGACUGGCGGCAUCGAGUGGGAACCGUGCGAGAGGUUUGACUAUGACAGAACUUUCUACGACAACACCGCUUCGACUCAGUGGGACUUAGUCUGCGAACGCAGUCACCUGCCAAGUCUAGUGUUCACAAUUACAAGCAUAGGAAGCGCGCUGGGAACGAUUUUCUUCGGAACACUAUCAGAUAAGAUCGGCCGCCGGUUCGCCUUCUUCAUCACCGUGGUGGUGGCCACCGUGUUCGGCAUCGCGUCCAUCCUCGUGACCAACUUCGUCGCCUUCGUCGUCCUGAGGUUCGUCAACGCCACCAUCAUGCCGCAGAUAUUCCAGAUCCCGUACGUGAUACUGCUGGAGCUGGUGGGCACCAAGCAGCGCACGGCCAUGCUUGCCGUCGGCUGGAUGUCUUGGACCGCCGGCCUGUGCCUGCUGCCGCUGGCAGCUUUUCUGACCCGUGACUGGACAGUACUCGGUCUCAUGUGCUCUGCAGCAGCAGCGCUCAACGCUGUCUACUGGAAGCUGCUGCCGGAGUCUGCGCGGUGGCUUUUAUCGCGGGACCGUUUCAGUGAAGCCACCCGCGUGCUGACGCGCGUGGCGAAGACAAACGGCGUCUGCCCGCCAAAAAGCCUCGCCACCGAUUUGGAGCGGGUCCAGAAAAAACUUGCAGAGGAAGAAAAAGUGGCCAAGUCGUCUACUGCCGACCUCAUACGGAUCCCGAAAGUCCGUAGUAACUUUCUCAUCAUCACGCUCAGCUGGGUCGCCAACGCGGGCGCGUACUACGGCAUGAGCAUCAACGUGACCAACAUGAGCGGCAACGAGUUCGUCAACUUCUUCCUUCUGGCACUCGUCGAGUUCCCGGCCUGCGUGGUCGCCUGGUGGGCCAUGGAAAAACUGGGACGCCGAUGGAUGAACGUCUUCUUCCAGUUCAUGGUCAGCAUAUCAUGCAUCGCCUUCUGCCUCGUGCCCAAAGAGGCGCAAGUCACCGGCAUCGUCCUCGUGAUGUUGGCCAAGUUCUCCUGCACGGCGUCCGCAAUGGUCAUGUACCAGCAGGCGUCCGAAGUGAUGCCCACUCCUGUGCGCUCGUUUGCCCUCGGCGCAUCCUCGUCGGUCGCUUCGACGAUCACCAUCUGUAUGCCCUACAUCAUCUACCUUGGGAAGUACGGAGCCUGGAUCCCGUUUGCAGCAAUAGCCAUGCUCGCAACACUGGGAGGAGCAUUUUCAGUGUGGCUACCUGAAACACGAGGUUAUCCUCUGUACCAGAACAUGGAGGACGCGCAGAAGUUUGCGGAAAAACAAAAGUUCUUCUCUUUCAACAGGAGGACCAAGGACCGAUGCCCAACUGUAGAUAACCAAACAAACGAGAAAGAGAUGAAGUUGAUCUCGAACGGCUGCCCUCUUUGAAAAACUGUUAAAAAAACUGUGCCCACAUUGUGAACCUCGAGUUUUUCCCAAGUUACCUAAGCCAUGGACUGGAACCAUCAACGUCUCCUCCCUGCGCUGACAUAUUGUCGAGCGGCCAGCAGCUGUUGAACAGCGAUGUGCGGCUCCUUUACAGCUUGCCAGGCAUCCGUCCGGAUAUCUGGAUUAUGUGUAAACCGUCGGGCGGCAAGAGGAGAAGAGAAGGCAAAUUUCGUUACUACGUUUGCCAUUUUUAUUUCACACUGGCGUGAUUGAUUCGUGGAAAGCGAGUUGUUUUACUACAGCUUGCAUGUCCGCAAGUCACGUAGGUACGUUAAAGCGGUACGUAAAGUGUCUAGCAUGCCGCGGCUUUUUAAGUAGUCCAACAUAUGAUGUCCUCUCUGUACUACAACAACGUGCCUACUUGGGUCAAUUGGUACAUACUUAAGCUCUCUAAACUAGUAUUUUGUUUUUUAGUUCACAUUUGAUAGCGGUCCUGGAGUAUAUACGGCAAGAAUUGGAACGAACACAAGUAACUAAAAUGGUAUUCCAGUGAGCUAGUCAAUUCGCAGCUGAAGGAAUUGUAAUAGUUGGACGUGCGAGCAGAAGGUAACACGACAGUCAGACUACGGCUUUGCUCAUUAAUCACUAGAGUUGAAUUUCAAAGACCAUUUGAACCUUUUCUUUCCUCAACCGCAGGCUCAGCCAUAAAAACAAAGUUACGCUAACAAAAGACCAAGAAUCAGCAUUGGAACACAUCGAAGUCAUGCAACUGUACAGUGAGAAAGCUCCGCGCAACCCCGGUGUGUCCGCGAUGUUAAGGGGUCACUAAAAUAAAAUACAAUAUCAGCUUAGACUAAUCAAGUAUUCUUACAGAAGUACUUUCGUCAAUCUUGCGAGAAAAUGUUCGUUAUACUGGAGAGGAAAAUGAAGGUCAAACUACUACGUUUUGAAUUUCGCUCCGAAACCCCGAAGCUCGUACGUCAGUGUGACGUCACGGAUUUCGGAGUACAUUCCUGUAUUUGGGAUUUUUGCGGCGUGGUAAAAGCACUCGAAACUUCUUAAGUUCAGUAUUUCGCUCCUUUAGGAUAAUGUAUCGCCCGCCUAUGUUGAUAAAUAAUUAACUAGGCCCGAGCACGCAGACACCGUUAAAAUUCAUGACGUCACUCGAGACGGUGCCGUCACCUCAAGGCGACGGAGCCACCAGCUCGUAUUUGCGUGUUUUCUGGAUUAUCCAGCCUGCUCUCAAAGGUAGGGAUGGCUUUCCUUUGGUAUUGAUGCCACCCAAUUUACAAAUACAGGUCGACCUAUUAUUUUACCUCUUUAGUGCCCCUUAAGCACUCCUGUUCCACCAUACACCACCGCUCCGCCACUGUUCCAGCACGGUUUCGGAACAGCGCCGUACAAGCGCUGUUCUGUCAAAAAAGCGGGCGUGGAUGUUCGUCUGCUGUAGCUAUCAUCACAGGCAGCCCUGACUUCUCGCUCUUCCGGCUCGUUUUUUCACGAGCUCUGUAUACGACCGCAUGUGAUCUGUGAUUAAAAGGAGGUUGUCUUUCC